CCUAAUAAGCAGUGAAUUAAAAACAAAAGCAAUAAUGAAUCUUUUGAUUUAAUGUUGUACAGAUAACAACAAUUUUUUUUUAAGGUGGGGGCAAGAGUAGUAGUAAAAGCAACAUUCAAGUUUUGUCGAAGGUUCCAUUAGAGCAUUUAUGUUAUGAAAAAAGUUGACAUUUCAAGGUGAUAAAUCUUUAUUUUUAUGCAACCACGAGCACAACCAACCCCGUUUUCUCCUGAAGUUCAAAGUUUUAUUCUUACGAAGUUCGAUCCGUUACUAACAAUAGUAAAAGAAUUAAAUGAUCGGUUACAUGCCGCAGAAAAAGAACGCUAUCAAUUAGAAAAACGCGUUUCACAUUUAGAGGAUAAAGUGCGUCUACUGCAACAAGAUGAGACGUUUAAAUUAAAACCUACAAAUCAAGAGUUUAAACACGAAGAUCGCUAUACAAAUCUUCUUGAAGAUAAGCUUUUGAACGCUCCAUGGAUUUUUUCCUGCCAACUAGGGACUCCUACAGCGUCGUUACAAGUUUUAUUAGAAUUUACACCUGACAGCACAGAAGAACUUGAUGUUCGUCAGUGGAAUGCUGAAGAAGAUAUGUGGAUAUCUUUUUUAGAUAAUCUCCCUCCAAGCUUUGCCAUGUCGAAUUACUAUGGAACUGAUUUAAAAAACCUUCGUGCAACAGCGCGUACCGUUUUGAUCGAUCUUUGUAAAGGUGAAUUGUUGCUUAUUUUACGACAAGUUCCUGGGAAACAGGAAGCCAUGCAAUCAAAACGAUCUAUUACGUUUGUAGCGAUAAUGGCUGCUGCCUUGUCAGAAGCUUGGACUAGAAUUGAAAGAACUGAAUCCUCCCUGUUAGGACGAAUAGCCCUUAUAUUUGAAGGAGAAUGCAUCGGGACACGUUUUCGAGCGGGCCAUCAUAAAUUUAUUGUGGAACCAUUAAAUUAAUAUACCCAACAAUCUUUUUAUGUAAUAAUUUUUUAAAGGAUUCGUUCAUGAUAAACACCAAAACAUGAUCGAUUUAUGAAGUAUUUUUUUUUUUUUUUCGUGAACUUCACAUUUUAUAACACUUGUUCUUUAUACAUUAAAAUAAUU